UUUAGUCGAAUUUGAAGCAACGCCCGAACAGGUUCUGUACAAAUGAGUAGGGGAAUGUUAAUGAGAGAGCGAACGAGACGAAAAUAUGUACAAAUUUUCGACAAACUGUGAUCAUUUAUUUACAUUUACCGAAAGUAUUUUGAGAUGCUUCCUUAAAUUAACAAAAAACAAAUUCCUGAAACUUAAAGCAAGCCAGAUGUUCACAAAACUUAAGUACAUAACAAAUUACACAGUGUGAAUGUGAAUUCCUACCAAAAUUCUGUGCAAAGAUUGGAUCAUAUGUAAAGAAGAGGCUAGGUUUUUCGGACAAAAAUGACCGAAUGAAUGGAAACAUUAUACAAUUUAUUAUAUCAAUAUCAAACAUUUUUUGAUGGCCAUGUGGAGAAAACAUGAAAAUACAUAUUGAAUCAAACUUUUCGGCAAAAAACAAAGCACCAACAAAGUUGUGCGAGUUAAACAAAUUAAUAGCGUAUACAAACAAGUCCACCUGGAUUUUAAAGAUUAUUUUUCAUAUUUAUUUUUACCGCACUACAAAUACUAUAGGCUUUACAGAUCUGGAACGCAUUAUUAAGCCACCGUUUUGUACUAAACAUUUUCAGUCAAAACUUGCCAACGUUUAUAAUAGGUAUCCCAAAUAUUCCGGAAUAUGGAUUAUAUUUUUUUUAUUGCUGCCAACUCAGCAACAAGUCAGUGGUCAUGGAAUGUUCCGCCCAACGUCAAAUUUAAACGACGAUAAGCAAAACGAAAGUAUGCAAAUUCAAAUAUCGCUGUUUAACAAUAGAAAUAUUGCGGCUGAGGGUCUAGAAACCCACCAACUACAAUCAAAAAUCGAAACCAAAAUAACAAGUUCGGAUAAGGACGGCUUGUUAAAUUUGUCCAAAAAGAUUAGAAAGCAAAGCAGAGACUCAUUCUUUAAUGCCAGUUCAAAUAAAUAUAGUCUGAUAAAUCUAAACCAGCCUAAAUACACGUCUCACUUGAUCAAUCAAAAAAUGGAAAUUGAGUGGCAAAGUACAGUACCAAUUCACAAUGGAUUAACGAGGAAGAAAAGAGAUAUUCGGCUAGAAAAUAAGAGUCAUACUAGAAAACUGAAAAAGGUUGAUGAAGUCAGGCUUAAGCGCUUAGUUUUAAAAGGGCUUGGAAUGAAAAAAAUACCAGAUAUGAGAAAGGUUAAUAUAAGCCAGGUUGAAUAUUCCAACAAAUACAUAGAGUACCUAAGCCGUCUAAGGAGUCACCAUGACAAGGCCACGAAAUAUUUUAAUAACAAUAUAGGGGCUUCAUCUAUUACAGACCUACAUUUUUUAAGCAUAAUUACAAACAAAUUUAAUGACAUUAGUCACAAACGAUGGCGUCAUAAGAGAUCAUUUAAAAAUAUGAACAGACUAACACAAAAUAGAAAACAGAAAAAUAAUGAAGAUUUAGAUAAUGCCCAACAUGAUAAAACAAACAUUCUUUUGCACUUUCCACUGACAAAUUUAAAAGAUGCCAAGUUUCACCAUGAUAAAAUAGACGAGGCCAAUGUCAGGCUUAUGCUCCUAUAUAGCUCAUCCUUAGCAAUUAACUCCAGACGCUGGCAAGGACCUAGAAACAGAAAGGUAAAUAAAAUUUCUGGGACUGUUAAUUUAAUGAAUCCAGUUAAGAGCUGUAAUUCUGGUGAUGUCAGCUAUAAUCAAGUGAAAAGCGUCCGAAAGCGACAGUUGAAUCUAAAAGUGUACCAACUUCUUUCAUUAAACAGACGAAGGCUUUUAGCGUCUCGUAAAAUAGAAUUUGAAAAUAUUGAACACGAAGAAACGCGAACUCAGUGGAUAGAAUUCGACGUGACAAAAGCAGUUCGUAGUUGGAUGAACAAAAGUCAUGAAAAUUUGGGAAUAGAAAUUCAAUGUGAUAAAUGCAAAAAUAUAGGUGCUCGUAUACUUAGCGACUCAGAUUCUUCGACACAAUCAUCAUCUGGAAAACCAGCAACACCAAACAACGAACGCUUCAACCUCAUGCCAGUUCUGAAUAUUAUCGGACAUGGGGCCUUAAAAGCAAAAAAAGAAGAUGACUCGGACGUUCACCAUAUCGUUUUGUCUAAUAAUAGAAGCGAUGAAUAUGUACAUCAUCGUUCAAACCAAGAAAUAGCGUGGAAGGGAAAAUGGAAUAACAACUGUUACAAAUUACAUCAGCGAUGCUGCAGAAAUCCGUUGGAUGUUGCCUUCAAGGACAUCAAAGGGUUUGAGUUUAUAUUACAGCCAAAAGUAUUCGAUGCAGGUUAUUGCCACGGCAGAUGUCCUCCGCGUCACAAUCCCGCCCACCACCAUGCUCUGUUGCAAAGUCUUAUAUGGCAGGAAGAUCAUAACCGAGCACCCCGUCCGUGUUGCGCUCCUUCAAAACUUGAGAUGCUCGAAAUAUUACAUGUUGACGAAGACCACAGCGAUAAGCUCAAAAUUUCCACGUGGAGUGAUAUGCAGGUUGUAGAAUGUGCCUGUUCUUAAAUGAAACCCGCUCAAUAAGCCUUAACGAUUGAUUACAUAUAAUCCGUAUUUACCUACUAUUGUCUCUAUUUUAUAAGUAUAAAUAAAAAAAAUAUAAUAAAAAUGUAUAAUUAAAAAAAAAAAAAAUAAUUAUCUUUUAAGAUGCAACAAAAUAGGUUUCGUCAAAUAAUCUAUAGCGCACUUUGGGUUUUAAAAGUCAAGUUUGUCGACUGUCAAAUUCUAAGAUAACCAACUUCAAAAUAAACAUUCUUUUUACAAUUUAUCUAAUUUACAUUUUUACUUGGCACACUUGUAUCUUCUGGCUUGACCUCAUUGACGAUGCUCUUGCUAUAUACAGCUUUGUGCUGUUCGUAUGCGUUCGAAUG